UUUGCUUAUGCAAUUGUUUGGAUCUUUUUUUACGUGAUUACCCUUUUUUUUUGUUUUAUUUUCUUUAAAUUAUCAACAAUGUCGAUAGGAAAGAGUACUGUUGCUAUUCUAUCGAUUCUUUUAAUCUCAAAAUGUAUAACCUACGCUUGGUCCAAUGCACACGACAUCUCGUCCCAUACACUCGUGAGACGGGAUCAACAGUUCAAGUGUGAUAAUAUUUAUUUACAACAAGAUCAAUGUGGUUAUGUUCUGGAACAUUGUAUGGAUGCCACUCCUGGAUUAUUCAACUACAUUCAACUGUAUUACUGUUCCUCGUUUCGCCCAUUAGUGUUUAUCUUUAUGUGUGGAUGGUUACUGUUCUUAUUUGGAUUUGUUGGUAUCGCAGCUUCAGAUUUCUUUUGUCCUAAUUUACAAACAAUUGCUUCUGCAUUGCAUUUAUCUGAAAGUUUGACGGGUGUCACUUUUUUGGCUUUAGGCAACGGCAGUCCAGAUCUUUUUUCAACAUUUAGUGCCAUGCAUUCCAAUUUAGGCUCGCUGGCCUUGGGGGAAUUAAUUGGAGCUGCUGCCUUUAUUGUCAGCGUCGUAGCAGGAUCCAUGUGUGCUAUUAAACCAUUCCGAGCGAAGAAGUUCAGUUUUAUUCGAGAUGUGUCAUUCUUCACUUGUGCCAUCAUACUGGUCAUGGUCAUUGUAUCAGACGGUUUGAUUCACUUGUAUGAAUCCAUCAUUCUCAUCCUAUUCUAUGUCGUCUACGUACUCGUUGUUGUAGGAGGAAAUUACUAUAUGAAGAAACGCUCCAACUAUUUAAAUCUGGUAGAACGCGCUCGAUUGGAAUAUGAAGAAAAUGGAACAGAUGUGGAUAUUCUAUUAGGUGGCAAUGAUACCAAUGACACGGAUAUGAUGAUACAUGAUGACGAAAUGGAACUUUAUGACGAAGGCUUUGAAACGGAAGGAUAUCAAGAUUUCAAUCAUCAAAGAAAUGGCGUGCAUCCAAAAUUAAGAAUUCGAACAUCCUUGUUUUCCGCCAUUGAAUUUCAAGAUGUAGUUCAAUCAUUGAAAAGUACAAGCACGAGGUUUAAUACAACACGUCGUCGUAACAGAUCUUUACCCACACAGCAACAUUUCCCUUCACGAACUUCCAAUUACGAAGAUUAUACGGAUGAACUCUCCUUGCAUACAGCAGAUAGUCAGCAUGGCGUACCCACCGUUACCUCCAACACUCAAAAAAUAACCGCCCUUUUCGACCAAUUCUUUAGUUCGAGUAAGAGACGUUAUAUGCGACACCAAAUUCAAAAGCACUUGUUCCCUUCUUUCAUCGGCUUUCGUAAAAAAUCUAUCUUUAGUAAAACAAGUUCGGUACUUUCCGCUCCCGUCUUUUUCUUAUUAGCAAUCACUUUACCCGUCGUUAAAGAAAAUGCUCUCUCCAGCCAUGCCUCUGUAGAAUUAAAUGACGAUACCGCACAACUGUUACAGGAUUACAAUGAUAAUGAGGAUCAACAAAAUGAUAUACUCCUCAUGAAUGCCGCAGAAGAUGCUACCUGGUUAAAAUGGCUCACUGCAGUCCAACUCGUCGGAGCUCCUACUUUGAUCUCCUUUGUCUUGAUCUCUCAACAUGUCGUUUCCCCUGCGAUCGUCUUGCCCGUUGCUUUCCUUUCUUCCGCUGCUCUUUCCCUAUCUUUUUGGUUCACCACAAAAUCAACUAAACAACCAAGAUUGUAUUGGAUGAUGUGUUUUAUUGGUUUUGCCAUAGCCGUUGUCUGGAUCUUUUUAAUCGCUAAUGAAGUCGUCAGUGUCUUGCAAGCUAUUGGUAUGGCUGUUGGUGCGAGUGAAGCCAUCUUGGGCUUAACCAUCUUUGCCUUGGGUAACAGCUUGGGUGAUUUUGUUGCUAACGUAACCAUGGCUAAAAUGGGAUACCCAUUAAUGGCCAUGAGUGCUUGUUUUGGAGGACCAAUGUUAAAUAUUAUGCUGGGUGUUGGUAUUGGCGCUACCUAUGUGACAUCACAAAGAAAUGAGCCUUACGCUAUCGAUGUAUCUAAAACCAUUGUUGUCACAGCUGUGGGGUUAUUGGUCGUGCUAAUUUCUUCCUUGAUUCUUGUACCUCUAAACGGUUACAGAAUGUCUAGAGGGUUUGGAUACAGUUGGAUUGCUAUUUAUUUGAUAUGUACCACAAUCAAUCUAUAUAUUGAAAUCAUGUCCUAGUUUUUUAGUGUUAAAAAACACUAUUAUUUUUUAUACAUAUACCUUAUUACUCUCAAUUUACUGAAUUUUGAAAAGUC